GCAAGUUAGCUUGUCGCUCCGGACUCGGAGUUGAGCCUGUGGGAGAGAGGCCUCAGAGAUGUCCCGGGAGGAGCAGGUCGUGCAGCGGGCUCGAACCAGCUUCAGAGCCGGGAGGAGCAGACCGCUGCAGCACAGGAGGCAGCAGCUGAAGAGCCUGCUGAGCUUCCUCUCCGAGAGGCGCAGGGACAUCAUCGACUCCUCCAGGAGGGACCUCGGAAAGAGCGACAAUGGGACGGAGCUGUUUGAGAUGUUGGUGCUGGAGGUGGAGAUCAAGCUGGCCAUCGAGAAGCUGGCCGAGUGGGCGGCCCCCCGGCCGGUGGAGAAGAACCUCCUCACCAUAUCCGACCAGGUCUACGUGCAGCCGGAGCCGCUGGGGGUGGUGCUCAUCAUCGGGGCCUGGAAUUACCCCUGGGCCGUCACCCUCCUGCCGCUGGUCGGGGCUAUUGCUGCAGGUAAUGCAGCAGUGGUGAAGCCCUCGGAGGUGAGCUCUCACUCUGCCAGGGUGAUGGAGGAGCUGCUCCCUCUGUACCUGGACAAGGACCUGUACCCGGUGGUGACGGGCGGCAUGUCAGAGACCCAGGAGCUGCUGAAGCAGAGGUUUGACCACAUCUUCUUCACAGGCGGCUCUGCAGUGGGUAAAGUGGUGAUGAAGGCCGCGGCUCGCCACCUCACCCCGGUCACCCUGGAGCUGGGGGGGAAGAGCCCCGCCUACAUCGACAAGAACUGCGACAUCGCUGUGGCCUGCCGUCGAAUCACAUGGGGGAAGUUUGUAAACUGUGGCCAGACCUGCAUCGCUCCAGACUACAUCCUGUGCGAAGCCUCCAUCCAGGACCGAGUGUUGGAGGAACUGAAGAGGAGCAUCAAGGAUUUCUACACCGAUGAUCCAAAGACCUUCCAGGACUACGGACGCAUCGUCAACCAGCGGCACUUUAAGAGAGUCUUGGCUCUGAUGGAGGGCGGCACAGUGGCUGUGGGGGGAGAUGCUGAUGAGUCGCAGUGCUACAUUGCUCCCACAGUGUUAAAGGACGUGACCGGGGACUCUGAUGUGAUGAAGGAGGAGAUCUUUGGUCCUGUGCUGCCCGUCGUCUCGGUCAGCGGUGUGGAUGAGGCCAUCGACUUCAUCAACGAGAGGGAAAAGCCGCUGGUUAUCUACGUUUUCUCCAGUGACGGCAAGCUGAUCGGGAGAGUGAAAGCUGAGACCUCCAGCGGAUCCCUGCUGGCUAACGACUGCCUGGUCCACUUCACCAUCCCCGCCCUUCCCUUCGGAGGAGUUGGGAACAGCGGGAUGGGCUGCUACCGCGGCCGCCACACCUUCGACCGGCUCAGCCACCUGCGCAGCUGCCUCAUCAAGCAGCUGAACCUGGAGGCGGUGAACAGCCUGCGCUACCCGCCACACACCGCCGGCAAGCUCGGCUGGACCCGGCGGCUCCUGCUGCUGCAGGUGAAGCAGGGCAGGCUGCGCCGGGCGGCGCUGCUCGCCAUGAUGCUCAGCGUGGCAGCGUUCGUCGUGCAGAGGUUCCUGCGUCGAGGCUGAGCGCUCUGGACUCCUGACACAGGGGAUUGUGGGACAGGAUGGCCUCAUGGACAUCUGUACAGACACACAGACCUCCUGCUGUGCCACGUCUUCCCAUAUCUGAAGACCUGUUUGUUACCGCCUGUUCUUUAGGAACGUGUUUGUUACUUUAUAUUUCUGUUACACAUAAAAGUGCUUAUUAAAAAGAUGACUAGUUUUAUC